CAUCCUCUGUCCCCCGCGGCUGGGCCAUGCGCGCGCCCGGGCGGCCCCUGCUCCUCGGGCUGCUGCUGGUGCUGGGUACGGCGGGACCGGGGCGGGGACGCGCGCAACCCCGGGGCUCAGCGGAUCGAAGCGCGCUGUUGCGGCUGCUGCUGGCGGAGCUGGCCCAAGAGCUGCGCAAGUCGCACCCGGCCGAGGCCAAGCGGCUGCAGCUGCUUGGCCAGCCGGACCUCGCCCUGGGCCGCAGGGAGGCAGCGGACUACGGGGCGGACCCGGUGGAGCAGAGAGUGGAAAUCGUCCCACGAGAUCUCAGGAUGAAGGACAAGUUUCUGAAGCAUCUCACAGGUCCUCUCUACUUUAGCCCCAAGUGCAGCAAACACUUCCACAGGCUGUACCACAACACCAGGGACUGCACCAUCCCGGCAUACUAUAAAAGAUGUGCAAGGCUGCUUACCCGGCUGGCCGUCAGUCCCAUGUGCAUGGAGGGGUGAGCUGUGAAGGAGCACCACACCAGGAACCCUGAGAAGUGCCUUGGACCACCGGGAGACAGGACUCUCUUCACACCCAUUCCCUGGGGACAGAGAUUUAUUUUUGCAGACAGACUCCUCCAAACUUCCUUUGAAUUUGUAUGUUGUUGAUACUGUUUGCAGAUAUUCAUUUAAUGAGCAUACCUGAUGUGAUACUUGCCAUCCUUUAUUUUAAAAAAACUGAGAACACAACACACUUGAUGCAUAGUGCUGUAAGAGUACUUCAUUUUCCUGAUUAGGUGAAAUCACAAAAUAUUUCUUUAGAAGCACAGGCAGAAUCUUAAAACUAUAUUUUCAUAUAGUAUAUGAUAUGAUUUGAUAUUUUGUAUUACUUUUACAAUUAAGCACCCAGGGUAUUAUGUGGAACUGCAUGAAAAUUUUAAAAGAAAAUUUAGUCAUAUUUUGGAGACAGUAGAAUACAAUCAGUGAAUAUACCCAAGCAAUCCCAUUUGUUCUUUGUAUAAUAAAUGUAAAAUAGCAUUCAGCUCUUGUGUAAUAUGUAAAUACUGUAAAUAAGUACAAAUAAUAAAUGAAGUGUUUGUUAUAAUUAAUGGUUUUCAGAGUGACUCUGCCUCUCCAACAAGCUCAUUGUUGGGAAUUCAUGAUUUACAUACACAUCCACCAACACUGUCACACUGGCAACGUGUCAAAGAAUUUAAGACAAAAGCAAAUGAAACUCCAAGGCUAAUAAGAAUCUCUGUAAGCGACAAUUAGUGUGUCUUAAAGUAGAAGUUCCUGUUUUAAUGACAAAAUCUCUUGAAAUAAGUUGGUCUAAUUCGGUAGUAAAUAUUCCUAAAAGGUGGAAUCUGCUAUUUCCCACAUUAUGAAAAAACAAACCAAGAGGAAACUCAAGACUCCUAAGGAGUCCAAGAUAUAUAUGGGUGAAUAUAUUUUCAUCACAUCCAACAGGACCUAACCGAAAGGAAGGGGAAGCCAGCCAAGCAGUGGAUUCUGUUCAUCUAGUGAGCAAGGGCUACAGGAAGGUCUGGACUUAAGAUAUAUACAGGAACAUCAGAGAAGGCUAGAGAACUUUAGUUCUGAACAUAAGAGUAAAUGAUUUCUUGGCCUUGAGCUCUGCAGUAACUACUGAAUGAUGAAGCCAGAGGUGAAGGCAGAGGUUCUCUCAUCCAUCCUGAUCCCUAACCGUGGUCAAUCACUGGAGCUUUUCUUCCCAAUCCUUCAGCUGCAGAGAUAUCACUGCCCCACCCACAGUCCAACCUCCCAAGAUUUCUGAGUUCCAGUAACACCCCCAGGAGCCGAGUGGUCUUCCUGAGAACACCUGGGGUGUUCUGAGGAAGAACACUGCAGAAGCGGCCGUGUCCCCUGGGUAUCAAGGGUCACUCGCCUCUGCCCUCCUCCAGGGGACAGGGACCUGGCCAGGGAGGUGCACAUCCUCGUUACUCUCAGCUUUUCAGUUCCGUUGGGUAAUGAGCCACUCAGUCUUCGCAUGAAGGCAGGUUUGUUUGUUUUUUGAGUAAAAGUCCCCUAGGGACUAGAUGUCACUGCGCUAAACGGAGGACUUGCGUGGGGCAGGCCUGGGCUGAUUUUCACCGUUUUUUAAUACUGAGAGUAAAUAGGGAAACAUAACCCCACAAACUAUUUGAAAGGGGCAAAAGGCAAUGUUCUCACAUGCUUCUUUAUUUGACAACAAGAAACGAGGAAGAUGUAAGAUUUGUAUCAGCUGUAGUUUUGUAACAUCCCAGUUUCCUUUGAAAGUCACUUUUUCUGAUAUCCAUUUGAAUUUGAGAAUGAAA